AUGACUGCUAACCAGGCAACCAGCUCCCCUCGGAAAGCGGAUGGAAUUGCCGAUGGACCCGAAGACAUGGCCGUGGAUCACAAGGUGACAUCCUCUCCGGUCAAGAACCAUAUUGACCUGAACAUCCAACCUGAUCGGGAUGAUGAGCAGUCACCGAAAUCUGGUGCGGCUGCGUCUGGCCUCUCUGACAUGCUCAUGGAUCAUCACAAACCAAUGUCGCUGGUUGCCUGGCCUUAUCACACGCCCAAGGAGUGGAUGGCAGUAAAUGUUAAGCUCCUCAGCCUGGGCUCAGGCAAGUUUGCCGUUGCUAAGGUCUUCAGAGGUGUGAGCAACACAGAGGAAACAGGCUUGUUUUCUGAGCGGGAUACAGUUCAGGUUGAGGUUGUUAUCCUGAGUGGCGUGGAGCUUGAGUUCAGAGGCAAGGAUAAUAAUGAUGACCUACAAGGGUUCAAGUUGUUCCAGCACAAGUACAUUUGUUACACUUGUGCCAACAGUACUGCCAUACGCUAUGUGCUAUAA